AUGCUGCGACGUGCUCUCGUGCUCAUCUUCGGGUCCUUGCUUCCUGCAAGGGCAGCGCAAUGUCCGCCCGAUGCUGCGCCAUUCACGGCGCCCAGCGCCAUCUCCGAUGCGGAGCAGUUGAAGUAUGCCGACCUCUUCACUGUCGUCUACCACCCCACCUACAAGGUCAUCAAGUACAACCCAACGCAGGGGAAGUUCCAGAGUGGGUGGCCGAAUCCAAGUCUACGAAACCAGAGGAUCCCAGAUCUGGUGUUGUAUCAGUGCGGCACAACGCAGCCGACAAGCUCCUACAACGACGUUUCCGAUGAUGCCUGGUUCUUCUCCGUCCCGAUCGACAAAGCGGCACUGCCUUGGACUGGUUCUCUACACUUCUUCGAGCUGCUGUCAGUAACAGAGGCCAUCAAUGCCAUUGACAUGACCUACAUCUCCUCGCCUUGUGCGCAGUUGCUCGAAGAAUGCACCCCUGGAAUUCAUGCGGCGAACUCAGGGGCUGCAUGGCAGACCGCAGCCCAGAAUUCUGAGGCAGUCUUCACAGAUUCCUGGGGGACUGGAGCCAGCAAUACCACCAGGGACGUGGUCUUCGACGUGUCUCGGGACGCGGGCAUCCUGCCACGAGCGGAGUGGAUCAAGUUUCUGGCCUUGUUCUUCAACCUUGAGGUUGCUGCAGGUCAAGCUUUUUCCAAAAUUGAAUCGGACUACCUGUCCUUGCGAGCUGAAGGAACUCGGCUCCAGGAGGCCGCAGCCACAACCCCCAAUGUGGCAUGGGUUGCCUGGCAGGGCUGUGCAGAUGCGGCUUGCGAUGGGGUUGCAGCGGGCCAGUGGCGCCAGAAGGCAGAUGGCAAUUGGUGUCGCUGUGGCUCUGCUUACUUGAUCUACAACUCACACUUCCGCAGGGACAUCACCCAGGAUGCCGGGGCACGGUUGCUCACGAUGCCCGCGCAAGAAGGGCCGGGCUGUAGGUUCCUGACAAAUUCGGAUGGAUCUCAGACAUACGAGUGUCAGAGUGAAGGCCUGGAUCACUACUUGCAGCUGCUCGCGCAGGCGGAUAUGAUCGUUGAUGAGACAUAUGUGGUAAACCACGGACCGUACACCCUGGAUGAUUUCGUGGGGACCUUCGCCAGUCCAAAUCUCACAGAUCUCAGUAUGCAGGCCAAGCUGAAUUCGGCGGUGUAUCGCAUAGAUGGGUCCGUCAGUGACGCUAGGGACACCGGAGGCCAGGUCGGAAGCAACUGGUUUGAGGCCAUGCCUGUGCAGCCGCAGCAACUUCUCAGUGAUGUCAUGCAUGCCGUUUGGCGUGAAGCUUUCAAUGGCCCCUGCUCGCUGACGUACCUGAGGAACCUCUAUGCUGCGCAGGCUCGUGAUCCACUUGAGCAUUCAGACUGUCCUUUGUAUGACGCAGCCGGUACCCAUGACUGUGCCGGGAUUCACGACUAUGAGCACCAAAUUCACCAGUGCGCCAUUCCCCCUCAAGUGGGUGACAGCAGCGACGGAGACAACACCCUAGCGCUAGGGUUGGGCCUAGGAUUGGGGAUUCCCGUGAUCCUGCUGGCCGCUGGAGCAGUUGGAUAUUGCUACUGCAAGUCCAGCAAGAAGGGAGCUGCCCAAUCCCCUACGUCCCCUCCAAGCAGUGGAGGUG